UUUUUCCAAGAAAUAACGGAAAAGAUUCGAAUUUGACGUAUUGAUCACAUGUAUUAUGUUAAACAGUGACUUUGCCGAUAUUUGACGGAUUCGACAUGUAAAAAUGGCAACUUCCCACGGUCCAGCCCAGGGCACCCUCACAGACCCACAUGGUUUCAGCUUUGCCUUAACUGACAGACUCUCUGAUGCUGAAAAUGCUCAGGACAGAAUCCAUGGUCAGUUCCCAGAGAGCACAGAAGUGGCUCGUUUGAAACGAUUUUCAUGCCGAAGGUGUUUCCUCCGAGAGGUGCAGUGAUUUCUUCCGACGGGCCCUGAGCCCCUCUACUCACCACGUGGACACGGUUUCCAAAACCUUUCGGUCCCGCUAGAGUUCUUUCCAGAUCCGCACCCAGCUUGCUGGGCUGUUUAUCUCCGUGUUGUUACUAGAGGAGCCAGGGCGCUCCUGACUUCCAUCCACACGCGGUGGGGUCUUCCUGCUCCAGACGCAGACAGCGGGGAGGACGCGCCCACGAGAAAUCGGAGACCAUAACCUGGAUCUCACGUCCGAGGCAAGAUCUCUGUCAGAGUGUGAGGGACAGAGGCCCCGAGGAAGGGCCACGUGAGGGCCCCCGAGCGGUGGCCGCGGUCUCCCCAUCGCACAGACCCGCCCGCUGCAGUUUCCCAGAACGAGGGACACCGCAGAGCUCCGGGGACGAGAAUGACGAACGCCUCCUUGUUUGGUUCUGUUUUGCCACAGGGAACGUGCCUUUGGUGCUUUCUCUUUCAGAUCAAAAUUCUUCAGCCGGAGCAGCUAAAGAAUUCAGUGAGAAGGUUUGUAACUGAAAAAAUGGGAGAUGAGUAUGCUCUCAGGACUGGAAUUCGUUUGCAAGAGUCCUAUGAGGGAUCCAGUGCCACAACGCCACUGAUACUUCUGCACUCCCACGGGACUGACCUCACCAACAUGCUCCUGAAGUUUGCGCAAGAGUUGAAAGGAAGAACGCAGCACGUGACGGUGCUUUCCCUGGGCCGUGGCCAGGCCGCUAAGGCAGAAGAGGUCAUUGUGAAGGCCCUGAGCAGCCCCACACAGUGGGUCUUCCUCCAGAACUGCCAUCUCGCCACGUCGUUCAUGCCACGGCUCUGCUCCAUCAUAGAAUCCUUUAAUAGCCCAGAUGUGACAGUGGACCCCGAGUUCAGGCUGUGGUUAAGCUCAAAGCCGGGCGGUCCUUUCCUGAUCCCUAUUCUUCAGAGGAGCUCAAAGAUUGCAGUGGAAAAUCCUCAAGGAUUGAAAAGUAACUUACUGCAGACGUUUGGAUACAGUGGCAGUGGAGUGGUGACAGAAGAGACAUUUGAAAAACUGGACUGUGGACCGUGGUGGAAAAAGCUUUUAUUCGGCUUAUGUUUUUUCAAUGCUCUAAUCAAUGAGAGAAAAAAUUAUGGAACACUGGGCUGGAAUAUUGCUUACAAAUUUAGUUCUUCAGACUUGGAGGUUGCCAUAAAGGUGCUGGAGAGCUCCCUGAAUGCACAGACCGGGAUUUCGUGGCAGAAACUGCACUACCUCCUUGGGGAAGUGACUUACGGCGGCCGGGUGACGGACACCUGGGACAGGCGGUGUCUAAACACCCUUCUGCACAAAUUCUGUAACCCGGAAGUGCUGAAAGAUGACUUCAGUUUCUCCAGUGAUGAGGAGCGCCAGCGGACCUGA